GUGGUUCACGCCAGCUCCGGGCUGGAGAAAGCUAAGAGCUUCCCACCACCACUACCAUAUCCUCCACCCACCCACUGCCCGCCGAAAAGCGAGCUCAGAGUGAUGGAGGCCUCCUGGCUGGAGACUCGUUGGGCGCGGCCCUUGCACCUGGCUUUGGUGUUCUGCCUGGCGCUGGUGCUGAUGCAGGCCAUGAAGCUCUACCUGCGGAGACAGCGACUGCUGCGCGACCUGAGCCCCUUCCCGGGGCCUCCCGCCCACUGGCUCCUGGGACACCAGAAGUUUCUUCAGGAGGAUAAUAUGGAGACGCUUGAUGAGAUUGUCAAAAAGCACCCUUGUGCCUUCCCCUGCUGGGUAGGGCCCUUCCAGGCAUUUUUCUACAUCUAUGACCCAGACUAUGCGAAGAUAUUUCUGAGCAGAACAGACCCAAAGAUGCAGUAUCUGCACCAGCUCCUGACUCCAUGCAUUGGACGAGGACUCCUGAAUUUAGAUGGGCCCAGGUGGUUCCAACACCGCUGCCUCCUAACUCCUGCAUUCCAUCAGGACAUCCUAAAACCAUGUGUGGACACGAUGGCCCACUCUGUGAAAGUGAUGCUGGAUAAAUGGGAGAAGAUGUGGACCACUCAGGAAACAACCAUCGAGGUUUUUGAACACAUCAACUUGAUGACCCUGGACAUAAUAAUGAAAUGUGCUUUUGGCCAGGAGACCAACUGCCAGAUAAACGGCACCUAUGAGUCUUACGUGAAGGCAACAUUUGAACUUGGUGAAAUCAUAUCUUCUCGCUUGUACAAUUUCUGGCAUCAUCAUGACAUAAUUUUCAAACUCAGUCCUAAGGGCCACUGCUUCCAGGAGUUAGGCAAAGUGAUACAUCAAUACACAGAAAAGAUAAUCCAGGACAGAAAGAAAAUCCUCAAGAAUCAAGUAAAGCAGGAUGACACUCAGACGUCUCAAAUUUUUCUGGAUAUUGUUCUUUCUGCACAGGCUGAAGAUGAACGAGCCUUCUCAGAUGCUGACCUUCGGGCUGAGGUGAACACCUUCAUGUGGGCAGGACAUGAUGCCUCUGCAGCUAGCAUCUCCUGGCUCCUUUACUGCCUGGCUCUAAAUCCCGAGCAUCAGGACAGAUGCCGGACAGAGAUCAGGAGCAUCCUGGGAGAUGGGUCUUCCAUCACCUGGGAACAGCUGGAUGAGAUGUCAUACACCACAAUGUGCAUCAAGGAGACACUCCGCUUGAUUCCUCCUGUCCCAUCCAUCUCCAGGGAGCUCAGCAAACCCCUUACCCUCCCAGAUGGACACUCACUGCCUGCAGGUAUGACUGUGGUUCUUAGUAUUUGGGGUCUCCACCACAACCCUGCUGUCUGGAACGACCCAAAGGUCUUUGACCCCUUGAGAUUCACUAAGGAGAAUUCUGAUCAGAGACACCCCUGUGCCUUCCUACCAUUCUCCAGUGGUCCAAGGAACUGCAUCGGGCAGCAGUUUGCCAUGCUGGAGCUAAAGGUGGCCAUUGCCUUGAUUCUGCUCCACUUUCAAGUAGCUCCAGACCUCACCAGGCCUCCUGCCUUCUCCAGCCACACUGUCCUCAGACCCAAGCAUGGAAUCUAUUUGCACCUGAAGAAACUCCUUGAGUGUUAGAUACUAGGAGAAAUGGCGAAAUUUAUGUUUGUUGUUAAGUUAAAUUUACAGCCCAUGGUCCAGGCAAGUGGAAAAGAAUCUAAGAUUGAUAGAAGCCUUGGAGGACUGUGGGUUGGAGCAUUUCUACAGCUGCACAUUACCCAAAGUUAUUUUCAGGUAACACAUGUGACCCUGAUAAGUAUAACUUGGAGAGAUUGUCAAAUUAUUUUCUAAUGGUUAUUACCAAUCUUAUCUGAAGUGGGAAUUUCUGAGUUCACUGGAGACUCAGUUGUGCCAUGUGAUGUUCUUCUGGAAGCUGUCUUAUGAGAGGAUGUUUUGCUGAAGAAGACACAUGAGAGGUUGUUUUGCUGAAGCAGACACAUGAGAGGAUGUUUUGCUGAAGAAGACACAUGAGAGGUUGUUUUGCUGAAGAAGACACAUGAGAGGAUGUUUUGCUGAAGAAGACACAUGAGAGGUUGUUUUGCUGAAGAAGACACAUAAGAGGUUGUUUUGCUGAAGAAGACACAUGGGAGGAUGUUUUGCUGAAGCAGACACAUGGUGUUCUUCUGGAAGCUGCCUGGUGAAAGGGCAUGGGGUGUUUCGCUGAAAGUGAUGCUUAAGAGGAUACAUGAUGUUUGAAAAGAGUGUACGUAUAACCCAACAGACAGUGAGCAACUCUGGCAUUGGUUCACCUUGCUUUCCUCACUGAUCUUUAUUUGUCAGGACUCCGUAGAGAGAAACUCAGCCAAGAGCUUCAAGAGGUGUUCCAGCUGCUUCUUGCUGCUUCAGGGGACUCCAUUCAGUUUCUUCUGGAUCAAGCUGCUGCUUGUUCAUGUUUGGUGUUUUGCUAGUGGACUGGUAUGCUAACGAUUAAGAUUGGAAUCACCUCAAAGAACUACUUCUUUUUUUAUGAUUUUUUUUGUUAGGUAUUUUCCUCAUUUACAUUUCCAAUGCUAUACCAAAAGUCCCCCAUACCCUACCACCCACUCCCACUUUUUGGCCCUGGCGUUCCCCUGUACUGGGGCAUAUAAAAUUUGCAAGUCCAAUGGGCCUCUCUUUCCAGUGAUGGCCAACUAAGCCAUCUUCUGAUACAUAUGCAGCUAGAGUCAAGAGCUCAGGGGUACUGGUUAGUUCAUGAUGUUGUUCUACCUAUAGGGUUGCAGAUCCCUUUAGCUCCUUGGGUAUUUUCUCUAGCUUCUCCAUCGGGGGCCCUGUGAUCCAUCCAAUAGCUGACUGUGAGCAUCCACUUCUGUGUUUGCUAGGCCCCAGCAUAGUCUCACAAGAGACAGCUAUAUCAGGGUCCUUUCAGCAAAAUCUUGCUACUGUGUGCAAUGGUGUCAGCGUUUGGAAGCUGAUUAUGGGAUGGAUCCCCAGAUAUGGCAGUCUCUAGAUGGUCCAUCCUUUCGUCACAGCUCCAAACAUUGUCUCUGUAACUCCUUUCCAUGGGUGUUUUGUUCCCAAUUCUAAGAAGGGGAAAAGUGUCCACACUUUGGUCUUCGUUCUUCUUGAGUUUCAUGCCUUUAGCAAAUUGUAUCUUAUAUCUUGAGUAUCCUAAGUUUCUGGGCUAAUAUCCACUUAUCAGUGAGUACAUAUUUUGUGAGUUCCUUUGUGGUGGGGUUACCUCACUCAGGAUGAUGCCCUCCAGGUCCAUCCAACUAGGUCCAUGUCCUCCUUGUCCUAUUAACCAUCUUCCUUCCCCACCUUUGGUCUGUGGGGUAUAAAGGAGGUUGAAGCAUUAAGAAUCUUUAUUAGGGGCUGGUGAGAUGGCUCAGUGGGUAAGAGCACCCGACUGCUCUUCCGAAGGUCCAGAGUUCAAAUCCCAGCAACCACAUGGUGGCUCACAACCACCCGAAAUGAGAUCUGAUGCCCUCUUCUGGUGUGUCUGACGACAGCUACAGUGUACUUGCAUAUAAUAAAUAAAUAAAUCUUUAAAAAAAAAAAAAGAAAGAAAGGCUACACUCGGGGCUACACUGGGAUCUUGAACACCUAUGGUUGUCAAUGACUGGUUAAUAAAGACUUUCUGUUGGCUUAAAAAAAAAACAAAAAAAAAGAAUCUUUAUUAAAGUAGGCUUAAUGAAAAAUCUAAGCCUACACCUAGUGAUGAUUUUCUGUUUGUUUUUUAUUGUUUUUGGAAUUAUACAAAUAACAGGAUUUGUAUUGGAUGAAAAACAUUUCCAGCAAUAGGAGGUGUUCAUAAAAUCCCACCUCACCAGGGCUACUGCCCUGACAGAGUCUACUGCUUUCUCUAAAAACAGAAUUGUAUGCAUUCUUCCUGACUCUUUCCUGCAUAAAUAAUGUGUGUGUGCACUCUUAGACAUGUGAUCAUAUUUGUAUUCUUCUUGUUUUUCUCACAUAAUUAAAAAAUUGCCCUAAUCCACCUUA